AUGGCAUUGUUAGAUAAUGAUGGAAUUAAUUUAUUACAAGCACUUUUAACAACAAAUUCUAUAUCAUCAAUAACACCAUUAUCUGGUGCAUUAGGCAUACCAGCUGAUCGAAUUUAUUUUAUUUGUCAACGUUAUCCACAAAUAUUUUUUCGUUUAAACGCUGAGCCAGAAGAUCGUAUUGCAUGUAUACUUGAUUUAUCAACAUGUACAUUUUAUUCAAAACGUGGACCCGGAUGUCAAAAACAAAAUUGUUCGUAUCUUCAUUUAUGUUCAUCAGUUAUAUUACCAAAUAGACGAUGUAGAAUAACAAAUUGUCCUUUGAGUCAUGAUUUAUAUACAGAACAUAAUCGUCGUAUACUUAGUGAACGUGGCUUAGAUAAUCUUCCACAAAAUGUCAUUAUUAUGUUGAUAUUAUCAUCAGCUGAUCCAAAUAAAACGUUUAUGAUAUGUCAUCGAAAACCGAAACCUUGUCAAGAUCAAGAUUGUUUUAAAUUACAUUUUUGUUAUUUUUAUCUAUUAAAUCCUACGUCAUGUAAAUUUGACAAUUGUCGUGCUGGUCACCAAUUGACAAGCCAACGAAAUGCCGAUUAUUUGGAUAAACGUGGUUUAAAAUAUAUUAAUGCACAAGACGUUUUACAAUUAUUUCGAGCAGUUGAUGAUCAAAAAAAACGUUCUCAUUCGAUGAAUAAUGCUGAUGACGAAUAUCAACAACAACAACAGCCUUAUGCUCAAUUAGUUACAGUUGCUGCACUCGGUGCAAACACUUAUCAACAAUUGUUAAAAUUUUUCUUUCACAUUUUAUUUGGACGAAUGGAGGAAUUGUAUGAAAUUAUCAAACAUUUACUUUCAACAAAAAAUUCAAUUGAUGAUAUUGAUAAAAUUAGUGAUAGUAUUCAAAUAGAUAAAGACGAAAUAACUAAAAUGAUUACACAUGAUGAAUAUAAGGAUUAUUUCCAAUUAUUACACCAAAAUACACAAAAAAAUCCCAAUAGUUCGCUUAAAAUAGCUCUUACUCUUGAUCUAUUUACAUGUACCCAUUAUGCAAUCGAUUGUAAAAAAAAUGAUUGUCCAUUUCUUCAUUUAUGCCCAUACAAUGUAAGACCACAGCAUGAGAAAUGUACAAAUAAAAGUUGUCCGUUUGAACAUGAUAUUAAAAAAAGUGAACAUAAUAAAACAAUCAUAAAAAGAAGACAUUUAGCGAAGUUUCCAGCUGAACUAUUACAAGCAAUUGUUCGAGCAUCAAAUGAUCCAGAACGAUCGUUUUGGGUCUGUCAAGACUAUGGACGAAAAGGUGGUUGUCCAAAAAGACAUAAUUGUGACAAACUUCAUUAUUGUUUUUUUGGACUAACCGAUCAGUGUACAAAGUCACAUAAUCAGUGCGAUCAUUCAUUGAAUCCAGACUGUAUGAAUUAUUUAAGACGAAAACAAAUGCAUAAUUCAGAUGAAACGGAUAUUUUAGACGCAUUUAGAAAAGUUGCCAAACAACGAAAUCUGAAAUAUCUAUCAACAUUGGCUCAACAGUCACAUACCUCAGGAACAGCAACAGCCAUUUCCAACAAAUCUGCGUUUUCAAUCUCAUCACAAGAAGCAACAACAAAUCGAAAUGAAUCAUUUGUUGUUCGACCGACGGCCACAAAUUUUCAAAGAAAACCUAAACCUUCAGCACAAAACAACGUUCCAUCUAAUAAUCGUAUGGAACGAUUUUUAUCCGAAACUGAACCACCGCAAUCACCUCUGGAUAAUGAAAUUGAAGUCGAAACAGAUGAAGAUAAUUGUAUAGAGAGUUUAUAUACUCCGGCUGAUUAUGAUAAAAUUGAAAAAAAAUUAUCGGCAGAACUUAAUUGUCCGUGUAAAGUUUGUCUAGUCAAAAAAGUUUCAAACAAGACAAAACAAAUUCACUUUGAACUUGCUUUAUCUCAACAGACAGAUGAAAAAGCAAGUAAGUUGAAUGUGACUACGACAUAUUGUCCAAUUGAAAAGUCAAGUGAUAUUUUGGAUUAUAUACGUUGGCAAAAUCCAUGUCAAACACCAAAAUUCAAUUCUGUACUGCUAUAUUUAAAUAUUCAAGAUGCUCAUGAUAGAGCAAAACAACAGAACAAUGAUCAAUUUUGUUUAUUACGUGGAAGAGUAUUAGACGCCACAAAAUGUGAAAAAAUUAAAGAUCAACUAAAAGUUACAGAUCCUAAAUCGAUCAUAUUCGAAGAAUUAUGGUUGUAUAAAUUCGAUUUUUAA